AUGAACGCUAAUGUGCUAUUUCGUUCGUUUCAAGAGAAAUUCCAACUUUGCAUCGAAGAGCGCACGACACCGACGCUUGCUUCUCAGAUUCGUGUAGAAGACAUGUGCCAAGACGAGGCUCAAAAGUUAGGCCCAAAAGAAGACGAAAAAGAGUGGAAAAUGCCAUUCUUCGAUCGGGAUCAUCAUUUAGCUUACACAUUUGCUGAUCUGUCCAAAUGUCCAACGUAUUUGGACGCGUCGAGACCUUGGUUGUGCUAUUGGAGCGUGCACUCGCUGAAUUUACUGAACCACACGUUCUCCCAUGAUAUGAAGAGCAAGAUUGUCACUUUUUUGAAGACAUGUGAAUCACCUGAAGGCGGAUAUGGAGGUGGUCCUGGUCAAAUUCCACAUUUGGCUCCUACAUAUGCUGCCGUACUUGCGUUGGCAACUCUGCGUUGUGAAGAAGCAUUGGCUUCGAUCAAUCGAGAAACUCUGGCCAACUUUUUGCGCUCUGUGCACCAAACCGACGGAAGCUACAUUAUGCAUACAGGAGGAGAAGUUGAUAUGCGAGGAGUCUAUUGCGCUUUGGCUGUCGCAAAGUUGACGAAAAUUCUCGAUCAGUCAAUGAUUGAAAAUACACCUGAAUGGAUUAUCAGCUGUCAAACUUAUGAAGGUGGCUUCGGUGGUGAACCCGGAACCGAAGCUCAUGGCGGCUACACAUUUUGUGCAAUGGGAGCUCUGACUAUUCUUGGAAAAGCAAAAUUAGCCGAAAAGGAUAGUUUGCUGAAGUGGCUUUCAAAUCGUCAGAUGCGCUUUGAGGGCGGCUUUUGUGGUAGAAGCAACAAGUUGGUGGAUGCCUGUUACAGCUUUUGGCAAGGUGCUGUUUUUCGACUCAUCGAUAUGGAAUUGGAAAAGGAGGAACAGCCCACACUUGGCCUUGCAUUUGAUACGCGUGCUUUGGAAGAAUAUUUGUUGAUUUGCUGCCAGGAUCCACGUGGAGGAUUUCGUGAUAAGCCCGAUCGACCAAGAGAUCUCUACCAUACUUGUUAUGGAUUGAGUGGCUUGGCCGUUGCCCAAAGCUAUGAUGAAUCAAAGCAAUUAAUUCUUGGCGGAGAAGCAGCUUGUUUGCCUCCAAUUGACCCAGUUCUGAACAUCACCGCUGAGAGUGAGACUUUUGCCAGCAGCUAUUUCGAGCGUCUUUUGUCACGU